AUGCAUCAGCUGUCACCACAACUGAUCAUCGUUCGUGCUGGGAAAUUCGAAGCCAAAUUCUAUGACGAGGUUCUUCAAGAAGAGAUUGGAGGUGUUAAAGGGCAUUUUGGACCUAUAAAUGCUUUGGCUUUCAAUCCUGAUGGAAAGAGUUUCUCUAGUGGAGGUGAGGAUGGUUACGUACGUCUACAUCACUUUGACUCAGAUUACUUCAACAUCAAGAUUUAG